GUCCAAACAGGAAAUUGUUAGUGUGGCGUCAGGUUCAACUCUCGCGGUCAUCGACGUCGGCACGCGAUGAACCUUCCAUGGUUCGUACCGCUUGGUUGUCGCGUCUCUCGAGCUUGACACGUCAAGCCAUGGGUUCAACAGCGUACGCGGCUUACAAGAAUGGCGUCGCGAAUACCGGCAGCGAGCACACAGUGACGGCGAUGGGACGAUGGUCUAUACUCGACAAGCAGCUGCCUCCCGCCGACAAAAUCAAGGCAAUCCACGUCUACGACUUUGACAAUACGCUCUUCAAGACGCCUUUGCCAAACCCCAAGCUGUGGAAUGGACAGACGAUUGGAACACUGUCGAACCCCGAUGCUUUCGUCAACGGCGGGUGGUGGCACGAUUCACGCAUUCUUGCCGCAACCGGCGAGGGUAUUGACAAGGAAGAGCCGCGCGCGUGGAAUGGUUGGUGGAAUGAGAAGAUCGUCGAGCUCAUUCACCUCAGUAACAAACAGAAGGACGCGCUCUGCGUCCUUCUCACGGGCCGUUCAGAAUCUGGCUUCAGCGAUCUGAUCAAGCGCAUGGUUGCUAGUAAGGGUCUUGAGUUUGACCUGAUCUCCUUGAAGCCCGCCGUCGGCCCAAACAACGAGCGCUUCGCCAACACCAUGAUUUUCAAGCAGACGUUCUUGGAGGCUCUACUGGAGACAUACCGGCAUGCUGAAGAGAUCCGGAUAUAUGAAGACAGGAUAAAGCACGUUAAGGGCUUUCGUGAUUUUCUCGACGAGUACAAUCUCAAGAAGCUAAACGGGGUAGGUGGCCCGGCCGCGCGAGGAACCAUUAAUGGCGAGGUCAUUCAGGUAGCCGAUGUGGCCACCUACCUCGACCCCAUCGUUGAAGUGGCUGAAGUACAGCAGAUCAUUUCAGAGCAUAAUGCCGCCGUGUCUAAACGACGGCGUGGCAACAAGGGCGAGCGCCUGGCCAUCAAGAAGACCGUCUUUUACACAGGUUACAUGAUCAACAACGCCGACACCCAGCGGCUGCUCACGUUUGCACAAACGCCUCAGGAUUUGCCCGAGGGUGAACUCAAGUUUCACGCGAACAACAUCAUGAUAUGUCCCCGACCCUGCCCACCAGCUAUCCUCGAGAAAGUUGGCGGCAUAGGAAGCAAGAUGACCUGGGAAGUAACCGGUACCGCCAACCACGAAAACACCAUCUGGGCGGUAUGCGUCAAGCCUGUCCCAGAAACAGCCAGUUUUCACACUGGGGACCCGGUUCCGCUAGUGGUGCUUGCCUUACGCAAAGGUGCCCGCCACGCUGAGGCCGGCAAGAUACAGAAGUGGCAGCCCGUACCGCCGGAUAAGGCGUUUCGCUUCGAAACUACUGUCGGUGAAAAGAUCUUGUUACGCAUCGAGCCCGAGGGUUUCCAAAAUUUGGUCGACGGUCCGUUCCACCACGGCAAAGCGCUCAACAGCAAGCGAAAGCACACGGCCGCCCAAGACGACUUCCGCUCGCGGCCCUCGGGCGGCGUCCAGCAACAGCACCGGCAAUUCCACCAUCAGGCCAACUAUACCGGUGGUGGUGGCGGCGGUGGCCGUGGCGGGGGCGCCGGCAGAGGUAACUUUCGCGGUGGCGGCAAUAUGAAUCGCGGAUUCAGAAACCAGCGCAGCGGCGCGGCUAAGGGCGGCCGUGGCGGCCGCGGUGGGCAUGGCGGAGGGCAUCACUACAAGUCGUUGGACGAUGUCGGCGGGCGGGAUACCCAAUCUGUGGGCUUCGCGCAGAUGUACGAGGACGACCCGCAGCGCUUCCCGCCGGAUCAAAAUAUCCCCAAGGGUCCGUCAAAUCCAGCAAACCCAGGGUUCUACAAUGGUCUACAGCAUCAGGUUCAACAACAACAACAACGGCCAGGGAAUGGGUAUUCUGGGCCCGGUGCUGGUGGUAAUACCGAGCUGAAUAACUUCUACUGAUUUCCCGGCGUAGGAAUUAGGGCUGAUUGUUCGGCUGGCUGGUAUUCACACGGGCUAACGAUCCCAUGU